ACACAUGGUGAAGGGACUAGGAAUUCCUGCGUGGAGGAGUCCAACUCGGCCAAUUGACGCCGACGAUGCCUCGGUCGGAGAAAUCUGGGGAGGGCUUUCUGGCGAUGGGACAUGCUAGGGGCGGGCAGCGGGAUAAUUCUUUACUGGAGGGGAAAGGGUGUGGGCAUGGAGAGCUACCCUGGUUGAUGGGCAAGGGGAAGAGGGGAGCUGGAGAGCUCUACGGAGGUAUAAGAUGUGGAUCCGGGGAGCUUGAGCUGUUGCUGCUGUUGUGAACUUUUUGUGUUUCUGUACACAGUAAUCGACAUGGCGCUUCCGCCUAAGUGGUAUCAGUUCCUUGUUGGCCUCUUUGCGUCCCUCGGAUCGCUACUCUUUGGCUAUGAUUUGGGUGUCAUCGCUCAAGUGAUUGCUUCGCAGUCUUUCAAUGCCAAGUUCAAGCCGACCGAUGAUGAAACAGGAGCGGUCGUGUCAGUCUUCACUGGCGGAGCCUUCUUCGGAGCGGCGGCCGCUGGCCCCAUGGGUGAUCUGUUGGGUCGGAAAUGGACUAUCAUGAUUGGAGCUCUCGUGUUCUGUCUUGGUGGAGCUUUGCAAACUGGGGCUCAGGCUUUGUCAUAUUUGUAUUCUGGUCGGGCGAUUGCAGGACUGGGAGUCGGAGUAUUGUGCAUGAUUGUUCCCUUAUAUCAGGCCGAGCUGGCACAUCCUAGCAUCAGAGGACGCAUCACCGCUCUUCAACAAUUCAUGCUGGGAGUUGGCGCCCUUGCAGCAGCUUGGAUAUCUUAUGGGACAUAUGUCGGCUUCGCGCCUACCAACGAUGGCCAGUGGAGGACCAGCUUGGGCAUCCAGAUCAUCCCCGCUCUUGUGCUUGCCGCCCUCAUCCUCUUCUUCCCCGAAUCCCCUCGCUGGCUCAUCGACCACGGCCGCCCUGAAGAAGGACUGCGUACGCUCGCCCAGCUCCACGCCCAUGGCAACACCGAGGACCCAUUCGUCCGCGCUCAGUACGACGAGAUCCAAGAAGCCAUCACAUACGAGCACGAACACGAGGCACAAUCCUACGUCGAACUCUUCACCGACCGUUCCUGCUUCCGACGUCUCUUCCUGACAUGCGCGCUUCAAGCGUCCGUACAAAUGACCGGCGUUUCGGCGAUCCAAUACUACAGCGUCACCAUCUACGGCCUCAUGGGCAUCAAGGGCGACGAGACGCUCAAAUACCAGGCCAUAUCCUCCGUCAUCGCCCUCAUCGCGCAAUUCCUCUGUAUCCUCCUCAUCGACCGCCUCGGCCGCCGCUGGCCCCUCAUCCUCGGAAACCUGGGCAACAUGGUCACCUUCAUCAUCGCCACCAUCCUGCUCGCCAAGUUCCCGCCCGGCGAGAGCGGAAACAAGGCAGCGGCCUGGGGUUUCAUCGUCAUCACGUGGAUAUACAAUUUCUCCUUCAGCGCGACGUGUGGCCCGCUGUCGUGGAUUAUCCCCGCCGAGGUGUUCGAUACGAAGACGAGGAGUAAGGGCGUCUCGAUUGCGACCAUGGUGUCGUUCGCGUUCAAUACGAUGAUUGGGCAGGUUACGAAGCCGGCGAUGACGCACGUGGGGUAUAAGUACUACUUUCUGUUCAUUAUUUGCAAUUUCACCAACGCGCUCUUCUUCUGGGCCUUCCUGCCGGAGACGGCCAAGCGCCCGCUUGAGGAGAUGAAUCAUUUGUUCAGGGAUGCGCCGUUGUUUGUCCCGCCGAUGAAGAAGGCGGAUUACAUGUCCCAUGAGUUGGAGCACAGAGUGGAGGAGGUGGAAGCGAAGCAGGGGAUCUCUCAUGCGGAGAAAGCGUAGAUGUAAUAGGACGGCGGUCGAGUGUGGCAUGUUGGCAGAAUAUGUAGAGAAAUAAUUG